AGUUGCAACUCGAAGUCUAAUUGCCAUUUACAAAAUAACUCAAUGAGCCGAUUAAUUAAAGAUAAAAUGAUUAAUCACAUGUGACAACGACCAAUGAGGCAUGGCCAAUAAAAGCAUAAAUAGACUAUUCAAAGUUAGGAUAAGGAGCAAAGAAAGAAGAUGGAAUCUGAAAGUUUUGAAUCUCCUCUGCUGAAUAAGCAAGAAGAAGCAUCCUCCUUCACUUCUGGUCUUAUUCUCAGCACAUCCGUCGUUGUCGCUGGAUCAUUCUCUUAUGGCUGCGCCAUGUCAUAUUCGUCGCCUGCUCAAUCAAAAAUUAUGGAAGAACUGGGACUUUCUGUGGCAGAUUUUUCGUUUUUCACUUCGGUAAUGACAUUAGGAGGAAUGAUUACGGCCGCGUUUAGCGGGAAAAUAUCUGCUCUCGUUGGUCGUCGACAGACAAUGUGGAUCUCAGAUGUUUGCUGCAUCUUUGGUUGGCUCGCUGUAGCAUAUGCACAUGAUAUUCUACUGCUUAAUAUUGGACGACUCUUCUUGGGGUUCGGGGUCGGUCUCAUUAGUUAUGUGGUUCCUGUGUAUAUAGCAGAAAUUACACCCAAAACAUUUCGCGGAGGAUUUUCUUAUUCCAAUCAGCUUCUACAAUGUCUUGGGAUUUCACUCAUGUUCUUCAUUGGAAUUUUUUUCCAUUGGCGAACAUUAGCUCUUUUAAGUGCAAUCCCAAGUGCUUCCCAAGUGAUAUGUUUAUUUUUUAUUCCUGAAUCUCCUAGAUGGCUGGCGAUGUAUGGUCGAGAUCAAGAACUUGAAGUUACUUUGAAGAGAUUAAGGGGAGAAAAUAGUGGUAUUCUUGAGGAAGCAGCUGAAAUCAGAGAAACAGUGGAAAUAUCCAGAAAAGAGUCUCGAAGUGGAAUAAGAGACUUGUUCCAUAUAGGAAACGCACAUUCGUUAAUCAUUGGCUUGGGAUUAAUGCUUUUGCAACAAUUUUGUGGGAGUGCGGCGAUAAGUGCUUAUGCUGCUCGUAUUUUCGACAAAGCAGGUUUUCCAAGCGACGUAGGAACAACCAUCCUCGCAGUUAUUCUGAUACCGCAAUCUAUAGUUGUCAUGUUAACUGUCGACCGUUGGGGACGCCGACCACUUCUUAUGAUUUCUUCUAUCGGUAUGUGCAUAUGCUCAUUUUUAAUUGGCCUUUCUUACUAUCUUCAGAAGCAUGGUGAAUUUCAGAAGUUAUGUUCCGUUAUGUUAAUCGUCGGUUUAGUGGGUUAUGUCUCAUCUUUUGGCAUUGGUCUAGGUGGACUACCAUGGGUUAUCAUGUCUGAGGUAUUUCCGUUGAAUGUGAAAAUCACCGCCGGUAGCCUUGUAACGAUGUCAAAUUGGUUUUUUAAUUGGAUUAUCAUUUAUAGUUUCAAUUUCAUGAUACAGUGGAGCGCUUCCGGAACAUAUUUCAUAUUUUGUGGAGUUUCUUUGGUGACGAUCGUAUUCAUAUGGACAUUGGUGCCCGAGACGAAAGGCCGAACACUCGAAGAGAUUCAAGCAUCAUUAGUCCGACUUUCGUAAUUCUAAGUAUGUAUUGUACAUAUGUUAUAAAUUAUAAGUCUCUUAAAUGGCUAUGAUUUGAUCUAGAAAUAUUAAAAUGUGGUAAUUUAAUAAUUGAAACUGUGAUUUGUGAGCUC